ACAGCAAGUACACAUAUCGUACAAGUCUAAGGAGGUUCAUACUGGUACAACAUGGCUAGCGUCAGCACCAAUGCCGUCGCGCUGGUCGCACUCCUCUCGAUGCUCGUCCCGUCCGCCCGUUCUGCAGUCGACUACAGCAUCUCAGCCGCUAGAUCCUACAACUCCGGCUGGCUCCCCGCCAAGGCCACCUGGUACGGCCGCCCCAACGGCGCCGGCCCCGACGACAACGGUGGUGCUUGCGGCUUCAAGAACGUGAACCAGUACCCGCUCUCCGCCAUGACGUCCUGCGGCAACGAGCCCCUCUUCCAGGGCGGCGCCGGCUGCGGCACCUGCUACCAGAUACGAUGCACGAGAGCCAACAACCCUUCGUGCUCCGGCCAGACCAAGACGGUGGUGAUCACCGACAUGAACUACUACCCCGUGGCCAAGUACCACUUCGACCUCAGCGGCACGGCGUUCGGCGCCCUGGCGAUGCCGGGCCGGAACGACCAGCUCCGGCACGCCGGCAUCAUCGACAUGCAGUUCAGGAGGGUGCCCUGCAACUUCGCCGGCAUGAAGCUGGGAUUCUACGUCCUGCGCGGCGCCAACCCCAACUACCUCCCGGUGCUGGUGCAGUACGCCAACCGGGACGGCACCGUCGUGAAGAUGGACCUCAUGCGCUCCAGGAACGGCCGCCCGACUGGACGCUGGGAGCCCAUGUACCGCUCCUGGGGCUCCGUCUGGCGAUGCGACUCCAGGGACGCGCUGCUGGGGCCGCUCUCACUGCGCGUCACCAGCGAGUCCGGCAAGACGCUGGUGGCCAACAAUGUCAUCCCGAAUGGCUGGAAGGGCGACACCAGCUACUCCUCCAACAUCCAGUUCCGUUGAUUCACCUACUUCCCCGAUCGAGGCUGAGUCAAUCGUUUUGCCGGUGUCAUAUAUGAUCUGGUAAUUCCGGGUUUGGUUAUUGGUGCUAAACUGUUAAUUGUGUGUCUUCAAGAUGUGUGUGUGCCGGACUCUGCGUAUACGGGAAAUAUAAGGAACUAAGCAAGUGGAGUAGAGUA